ACCGGCUGGGAGCUAGCUGCAGGGUGAAGAAUCGGUGCACGAGGGACUCUGAUACUGAUAUUGCCUGCUCUGUGCGAGUAGGCACGACUUGGGGCUACGGAUGGAUGCGUGCUCGCGUGCGCAAUCUUGGAACAGCGCACGAUGAUGGCGACGGCACGAGUCUAGGCCUUGACGUCGUCCAGCCGUCGGUGUUCUCCCACCUUCACGACGCUUAUGGCGUCUUCCUCUCUGAAUGUGACGAUCUUGCUGCUUUGCUUUUCUGUGUCCCCUCCACUAGCGCGCCGACACCUGUGCCAAGCCAAGCUGCCCGCCGCUGGACGCUCGUCGUAUGUGAAACUUCUACUAGCAGCAAUUGCAUGUUCAAACUACGACCUUUGUUUGCACAGCCUACGCAUAACAUUUGGAAUACCCACAACGUAGUCAGGCAGCACUUCUUCACAACCUUCACACGUACAAUGUCCGCCGAAAGCCCCACCAAGAAGCUCAAGACCGACGUGCCUGUCAUUGGCACGCACAAUGGCCACUUCCACGCCGACGAGGCCCUUGCCGUUUCCAUGCUCAAGGAGCUGCCCACCUACCGCGAUGCCCAGCUAGUCCGCACCCGUGACCCUGCCGUCCUCGCCGAGUGCCACACCGUUGUCGACGUAGGCGGCGAGUACGAAGACGACAAGAAGCGCUACGACCACCACCAGCGCGGCUUCGAGGUCGUCUUCCCCGGCCACACCACCAAGCUCUCCUCUGCUGGACUUGUAUACAUGCACUAUGGAAAGGACAUCAUCACGGCUGUCACUGGUCUGGAGGGCGCCGACCGCGACCUUUUGUACGAGAAGAUCUACACCGACUUCAUCGAGGCUUUCGACGCCAACGACAACGGCAUCAACGUCAUUGCGCCCAAUGAUCUCGACAAGGCGGGACUGCAGAAGAAGUUUGAAGACCGCGGCUUCAGCAUCGCCAGUGUAGUCAACCGCUACAACUAUGGCCCCAAAUCCCCCACUUCAGACGAGACCAAGACAGCAGAGGCCAAACAAAUGGAGGAGGACCAGCGCUUCAACAGAGCCUCUCAGUUCGUUGGGGAGCAGUUCCGCUGGGAGCUCGUCGACCGCGCUCGGUCGUGGCUCCCUGCUCGUCACCAGGUCAAGCAGGCGUACGACGCUCGUCUCCAGUACGACCCCCAGGGACGCAUCUUAGUCCUCCCCGAAGGCAUGCCAUGGGCCGACCAUCUCUACAACUUCGAGAAGGAGACCCAACAGCCACAGGGUGUCGCACCCCAGGUCCUAUAUGUCCUUUUCCCUGAAGACCAGCCCGAGGGCAAGUGGCGUAUUCGUGCCGUCAGCAAGGAGAAUGGCGGCUUCGAGAACCGCAAGGAUCUUCCAGAUGCAUGGAAGGGUGUUCGUGAUGAACAGCUCGACCAGGUCUCUGGUAUUCCAGGUUGUGUCUUUGUCCACGCUGCUGGCUUCAUCGGAGGAAACAAGUCGUUCGAUGGUGCGCUUGCCAUGGCGAAGAAGGCCCUGGAAUUGUAGGUAACUGUGAAGGAGUGAUAUUAACACUUUGGUUUGAGUGUAUGGCAUAGAGCGACGAAAGCUGCUCUUCAUUUUGCAUAUGCAUGGUCGGCGUUCUGGCGCUUCAUACGAAAAGUUAUGAUACCAACGAUAGACUUGGUUGGAAGAAUCAUGAAAUACAUGAUCAGCCUUUGGCAGACGGCUUGGUUUGGCGUAAUUUCCUUGUGAGGUCUCUUAGAUAGGUUUCUUCACGAGCCUUUGGGUCUUCAUAGUCCUUUGUAUCACAUCGCUUCGAGAAGCCCAUCAUAGCGAGCGCGUGAACGUCAACAAUCCAAGCAAACCUCUCGAACUGUUCACCUCGUCAUUGACCAGUAAUGGUAU